AUGCCGAUCCAACUGGGCAACAUCCUGACCAACUCCAAGGGAGGCAAAUUCAUCCCGCUGCGCGGGGAGGGCAGCGAUGCGCCCACGUGGAAGAGCGACUGGCUGAAAGUGAUUUGGAACCCCUCCUGCUACGGCGAACCCGAGGCGGCGCGCGUCUCCAUGUGCCUGGAGCCCGACGAGGCCACCAAGGCUUUUUUCCGGGACACGGAGGAGCGGGUGGCCAAGGCACUGUCGGAACACUCUCUGCGCGACUCCCGCAUCUUCGGCAAGCCCCUCAAACCAGAGGAGGUGCAGGAGCGGAUGGCCAGCGCGCUCAAAAUCAGCACCAAGGAAACGGAGUUCCUGAAGCUCAAACUCCACUGGGGCAAGGUGCGGUUGUGGGGGCCUGAUGGUGAGAAACUCCCAGCACAGAAGCUGCACCUGCAGGGCUGCCUGUGCAAGGUCCACGUGGAGCUGCGCCAGGUGUGGCUGAUGAGCUCCCAGUGCGGCGUGACGGACGUGAUGCUGCAGCACUGCGCGAGCCGCCGGCCGUGGAGGCGGGCGUCUCCGCGCGCAGCGCGCACCUCCCUGCAGGGAUCGGAGCUCCUUCGUCUUCCCAACGCCCAGCAGCUGCUGCUCGCCCGGCCGGACGGGCAGCCCACGCGCGCGGGGCGGUUCUACUACCAGCUGGUCGGGCGGCGCCCGCCUUCCCGGCGUUUUGUCGAGGCGCAACCGCUCGUGCGCGACGGCCCGAAUGACUUCAUUCUGCUACGGGGAGGCGCCAAGAAACUGGUGCGCAGCCUGCAGCCAGAUGGCAGCUACCGCGUCACGAAGCUGGGCAAGGCCUUCUUUCGUGAGAAAUGGACUGACUACAUUGCCCACAUGCCCGUGAGGAUCCGCGGGAGGCGGCGCCGCGGGCAGCCGUACGUGAGGGACGACUUCCUGCCCGUGACGCUCGAUGGCCUGGGGCGCCAGAACGACGGGCUGGGCGAGGUGCAGGAGGUGCUGGCAGAAUUGCUACGUGGGCAGAAAAUCCCCGAUGAGCCCUGGGAGUCGCAGGUUGCCAGAGAGCGCUUUGUCCUGCCUAUCGUGGACCGGGGAGCAGCAGGAAUCUUUUCCGCGUCCUCGCACAGUUUGGUUGGGAUGGAAGAGUACACUCGAGAUGAGAAGAUCCCAAGGAACGUCGUCGCGGCUGCGCUCCGCAAGAUGGGGAACCCCGAGAACGGCGACGUCGUCAUGGAGCUCUCGGACGAGCAGUACACCUACGACGCGUCGCGGGACUGGGGCGUCUCCAAGCGGACGAUGCAGGUGGCGCAGAACCAGGUGGAGAGGUGA